AUGAAAGACGGGCAGGGUGAUCUCACCCUGGAAAAUAUUGCGAACGUAAAGAUUAAGGCAUAUCGAAAUAAUAACAUUUAUGCAAAUGGCAAAGUGGAGGAGGGAAAGAAGGAGAAGAGCGAAAGCUUCUACAGUGUGUACAUUUUGACGUACAUAAAGCACAUCGUACGGAUAAAGGCCAACUUAGCUCUGCACGGGGGGCUUUACAGCAACUACUUUGAGAAAUAUGAAGAGGAGUCCAUCUCGAAUAUCAUGCUGGAAAAUUUGCUGUCCAAGGAGGGGUGCGCCAAGCAGGGUUGCGGUGGGAAGCAGAGUGGAAAUAACAAACAAAGCAAAGGUGGCGAAGCAAAGGGACAGGUUAACCAGGAGGAGCACAAGGACCUCAACUACUCCAUCAAGGAGCUCCUGAAGAAAUUGAUCAAGUCGUACAAAAUCAGGGAGAACAAAAUUUUUCUCGUCACGGGAAUGCUGGGCUGCGGAAAAACCACGUGUGUAAGUUUGGCCAUCGAAUACUUUAACAAAUAUUUACAAAUAGAAAAAAAUAUGAAUCGGAAAAGCGACAAACGGAGCGUGGGGUUCCUGUCAGCCGAUGACAAUGUGAGUAAGAAAUUGUACAAGAAGACGCCGUAUACCGUGAAGAGGUACCAGAAGGAGGAGACCUGCAGCUACGAGUCGUCUCCGGAGCAUGUAAGGAAGAAGAUUAAGAUUCACUCCGACGAGCCACUUUUCAACUUCACCCCGAGGAAGGCCAGCAAGAGUAGCGACAGGAGUGGCGGCAAGAAUAGCGGCAAGAAUAGCGAAAGGAGUGGCGACAAACGGGGCAGACAACACGCCCAUGAGAGUGUCACAUGCGAUGAUGAGCCUAUCCAGGGGACCCCCCACACGUGGGAAGAAAGUGAAGCCAAAAUGAAUGCGCAACAAAUCAACAUGAACAUAAAAAAUAUAUUCGAAAACAACGACUUGUCUCCCCUAAGAAAAAACACAAACAUACGGAACAAAAUUCAAUUCGAAGAACUGUUGAAGGAGCACAACCAUUUGCCCCAAGUGGAGAACCGCAGUGAUGAUGAAAACACAGAGUUUAAUGAAAAAUAUAAAAAAAUUGUCGAAGAAAUAAGAGAGGAAGAGAGGGAACAGAGGUGCAUAUACACAAUUCGUAUCAGUGCAUACCUCUACAGAGACGAUGUGCAAUGCAUCAAGUCCAUUCUGAGUCAGCUUCAAAAUUAUGUAGACGAAACAGAGUCCAAGAUAGAAGGGAAUUUAUUACUAAACGAUUAUAUUAUCAAAUUGGAAAAAUUACUGAUCCAGAUAAAUAAUGAAAAAAAACAAACUCUUCUCAUCAUUGAAAAUGUAGAAAAGUUUUGUCUACAGACUAAGCAAAAUCUUUUAUAUACUCUAUUCGAUUUAUUACACAGAAAAAAUAUUUGCAUUAACAUAAUUUGCCUGACCAACGUAUUGGACAUUACUCAAACUUUAGAAAAGAGAAUAAAAUCCAGGUUCACAUUUGAGAUGCUCCACAUUUCGCCCAUUUUGAACAUUGAUGAAAUAUCCAAAUUGGUGUACAAAAUAUUGUAUGUCAAUUUGGACGAUUUCCAUCUCAUUAAGAAAUAUUAUUCUGUUUAUUUUACCUACGUAGAUUUGAUUAAGAUUCAGAAAUUUUUGCAAAUUUAUAAUUCCACCAUGCAGAAGGAGAUUGCUGAUGAGCUCCUCCUAAAGCAGUGGUCCUACGACAUCAAUUAUGGACUCGAUAUCAGGCAUAUUUACCACACUUGUGUAGAUGCCAUUUUGUCCAUCUGUGAAUAUAAACAUAUCCUUAGUGGAAAUGCGCAUGGCCAAGAAGGGGAAAUCAAUAAUAACCUCCAUAAAGAUCCAUUCCAGAAGAACGCCUUACUGGACGCUCAUUCAGAACAUACUUCCUCAACUUCUGAUCAGGAAGGAGAAUACUUCAAGAAGGAUACCUCAAAUUCGAUCGAUUGUGAGGUAAAUAUGCAUGCAGAGGGGGAGGCCUCCCAGUAUAACCACUUUUUAGAAGGGGAACAGCUGAGAGAGGCUUCCCCAAUGAAGGGCAGAGGUAACAGCACUAAUGACCAUGGUCAAUUGGGGAGUGAAAAAUUAGGUAUUUUUUCCAAAGAGAAAAAAGCUAACCUGGAGUACCUUCGAGAACAAAGACCAGGCAAGUUAGACUGCACCCCUGUUAAAAGAAAUAUGCACCAAGAUUUAGCAGACGAGGGAAAAAAUGCAGGUCGAGAUGGACAUUUCCAUCUAGACAUGAACAUGGAUAUGAGUCCAAGGAAGUUAAAGGAAAAUAUUAAAUUAAAAAGUAAAGUGGAAAGUCAAUACAUAUUAAACAACGUACAGUCCAAGUUCAUCAGGAGACACUACAUUAAAAAAGUGUUGCGAGAUCUCUGCACUAUUGAAUAUAUGAUCCUAUGUGCAUUUACAAGGUUGUACAAAAAAGAGUUACUUCCUAAAACGCUCUAUGUCAUCUUGCUAGAAAUUAACAAAUUUAAACAAGCCUAUCCGCAAGAACAGAUUGUUGGUUUUUCUCUGGAUGCGUACAGACGAUCCUUCUUUCGGUUGGUAGAUCUGGACAUCAUAACUCUGUCUUCCUACUCAUUAAGUCAUUUGAAUAUUAAAAAUUUUAGUAACGACCUAUUCGGUCUACAUGAGCCGACAAAAUUCCCUUGCUACGACAUCUUCCUUGAGAACAUUGAGUCAUAUAAUUUAAACCACAACUUGAUUCAGUGGGUGAAGCACAACACGGAGGUGAUGCAGUGA